UGUAUACCAAACCAAACCUCAGUCUAUUAAUAAAGAACGUUUCAAGAACCAAAAACAGAACACAAAAGCAAAACAAAACUAAACUCAAAAGACACAAAGAAAGAAAAAAAAACAGUAUUUUCAAGAAAAGCCUUAAAAUGGGGAAAGGAGGAAACUAUGUGACGGUAUCGACUUCAGAGGUGGAGGAGCUACGGAGGAAGAACGGAGAGAUGGAAAAGGCGGUGGAGGAGAUGAGGAAAGAGAUGUUGCAACUGUGGCGACGGACUCAGGUGGCGGAAGAGGCUGAGGAGCGUCUUUGCUCUCAGCUAGCCGAGCUUGAAGCUGAAUCUUUAGACCAAGCUCGUGACUACCACUCUCGUAUCAUCUUUCUCGUGAACGAGCUUACUCGUCUCUCUUCUUCCGAGUCAGCCUCUCCGUAGGAAUAGAUAGAGAGAUAGGUUUCUGUUUUUACUUGUUUUUAGAUUGUUGGAUGUAUCUUCCAAUAUGUAGAGUUUUUGUUUUCUUGCAUCGAAGUUUUAUCUCUUCGGAAAGUUCUAUGUAAAAUUCACACAAAUUUAAAAGAAAAGAUUCAAUGUGAUUAAGGGUACUGUUGAAA